CCGCGCUCACAUCGGCACGUUGCGCAGCCACUCGUCAAGAGAAACAAGUUCAUCUUGCUGUGGUUCUGGGGGUCAUCCCCGUUGAUCCUCGGCGAUAUGGACCCUUCUCUUCGCAAUUCGGCAUAUGAAUUCAUGGCACGCGAUCUUCGAACCAAGCCAGCUUUGCCAAACCCGCAAUUAACCACAUAGCCAUCUAAGGACCCGAAAGUUAUAAAGGUAGUGCCUUGCAUGGACUUGUUUCCUAUCCAUCCACAACAAGACCGAUACCUCAAGCUCAUCCACAAUGAAGCUCUACCUCUCCCUUGCAGCAAUUUCGAUCCUCCCCUGCGCCGUGGCUAUGCCACUCAACGCAAGAAGCAAGAUCGAUGAAUUCAUCAACAAAUGGGACGCCGCAUUCACUAGCAAGCCCAAGUUGAACGAAUAUCAUACCAUGGCCGAUUGCAUGGCAGACAUGGACCGGAUAACACACACGAGACCGAUGAAAGAUGUCUGCUACAAUCUCAGGAAUGAGACUGGUGCCUUCUUCUACAACACUGGAACGUUCGUCCUAUCCGGUGUGCACGUUGGCAUUGCAUGCACUGGCGUUGCGAUGACUAUAGUGGGUCAUGAAUGUUUGCCAAGGGAUUCUUUCCAGUCUUUUGUUAUGACGGGAAUCUGCAACGAUGGUGUUUGCUCUUAGUAGUAAAUCCUGAACAGAGCCGAAUUGACGGUAUUCGGUAGUCUAAUCUUGAAAACUCUCCACCCUCUCGAACUUGACACAAC